UUGACCCCUCCCUCCCUCGGCAUUCGCAGCAUCACCCUUUACACUGCACAGUCAUAUUUGGUCCUCCGGAAAUAUCCACAGCACGGAAAUAUAAAUGGGUAUGCCACAAAAUGGAUUCUCAGUUGGCUUCAGUCCUGACCAGUGGCAGCCUGGAUGUCCAAAAUGGCAGCCAGUGUGCAGAGGGAUCAGGGCCAGUGACAGAGGUUUUUUUGGACCCAAAGGAAAAAAACUCCCCCAGUACUGUACCAGGUAACCUCCAGCCAUGCCCAGUCAAAGCAGCAGUGACCAUCAGGCCAGAUGCUGUAUCAAUCAAUGGGAAAAAGCCAGAGGUGGGCGGGACUUCUAAGCCAGCCUCUCAGGAAACAAGCAAGAUUGGUGGGUUCAGACAGCCAAUUACAGUAAAGGCUGGAGUGCCCGUCUUGCGUAGCCGACCAAUCAGACUCAAAAUUGUUGUUCCCCCGCGGUGCAAGAGGCCAAUCACAAACUCUGCCAUCAGCCUGACCAAAGACUUUGCGCGCUCACAUUUAAGAAGAUCUGUUUCGGUCUCAGCUGGAGCAGUGGUCCUAGAAAAAAACAUAAGUAAAAUCCAAAAAUCUACUGUUAAGAAUGGAAAAGAUAAUAAGGAAGCUACUUGUGAAAAGACUAGGGAAGCCAAACCAGAAUCAUUCCCUAAGACAGAGGCAGAUAGGGGGGAAGACGUGUGCAAAGAGAGAGAUGUUUUGGGUACUAAAGUCAUGCACAAAGAUGGUUUCGAAACUCCUUUCAUCUUUAGCACUAAUACAGUACAAAUACUGAGCCAGCAAAGAAUUAAAGAGGAAACUACAGAGAGAGAUAUUGAGGAAAAUAUUCCUAUAAUCUUGCAAGAAAUGGACUUGAAGUCUUGUAAAAUGUUUGAUGAAGCUAGGAUGGAGGAACAGACACAACCACUGGAUCUGAGUUUGCCUAAGAAGAGAGAGAGUCGAGAGAGGAGGUGUGGACGCUUCCUGGAUGAUUCUGGCUGUGAGAGCUCGCUGAUUAUGGAGGUAGAUGAAUAUGAGGGAGAAGGAGACCGAGACAUAGUGGAAGAGGAUGAUGACGGUGUAGAAGAGGGCUCUGUGCUGCGUAGGGACGGCAUAGAUACGUUUGAAGACUCUCUCCUGUCUCCCUCUUUCUUUUCUACCUCUGUCUUUACCUCUCUCUCCUCGAUAGACUGUGACACCGAACACCUUCUUCUCAUAGACGACCAGGGAAUCCCGUAUACACUCAGUCCAGACGGACUCAAAGUGCCGCAAGUCGAUGCAUCCACAUCUGAGGAUCCCCAGUCAGAUCAGACUAAUUCAGCAAAGGGAGAAGGAACGGAGUCACUACAGUUGGCCACAUUAGCAGACCCUAGCUGCAGCCAAAGUUUAGAUAAUGCACUAAAUGCACCUUCGGAUCAUCUUGACCCCUCACCAGCCCCUGCUACUGAUUCUCUGUCAUUCGAUGUCGAUCAGACAAAGACUCCAGAAGUCUUCACAAGUUUGAUUGCAAACUCAGACCCCUCUAAGGCUGCAGAGCCAAUGGUUAAAUCUGUUCAGGAGGCUAAUUCUGUUCUGUCUGCUUCCUCUGGGAUAUCAGUCCCCACCCAGCCGAUUCAGAUCCUCACAAACCCUUCUACUAACGCUCCUAUUCUCCUCCUGUCAUCCUCCUCUUCCUCUCCUCAGCUCUCCUCAGGUCCGUUGGGUCUCACACUUCCCCUGUCAGUUACUCAGACCUCACCUGGUGCUUCUGCCCCCAUGUUUCUUCUCCUGUCAUCUGUACCCUCUUCCUCUGGUGACUCAGCCUCUACCUCCACUCCUAUCGCUGUCCUCGACCCCUCGACUGGUCAGUUGUCCCAGAUCACAGCAGCCUCGGCCCCGCUUUCCCUCCCUCUGUCCUCUGGUCAGGUCAGCACACUGGGAUCACCUCUGCCCACGUUGUCUCACCCCGUCAUCAGACUGAGUCCCAAUAACCCACCUGUCAUCCUGUCAGGAGUGAAUAAUGUAAACUCUGGCUCAGUUCUCAGCUCUCUUAUUGUCCGUUCAUCCUCUCCUGCACUUCAAAACGAACACCGCAGCGCGACCCCCCCCCCUCACUCUCUAAUCAGCUCCUCCGAUUCAAACCCCGGAAGUGAAGCCAUAUCUGCUGAACAGGUCUCAAAUGAAAACAACAAGCCAUCAGCUUUCACAGCAUCCUCUCCUCACCCACAGUCUGCUAGUUUGACCCACGACCCCCUAGGUCAGGCCAGCUCAGAGGUACAAUCACCAGCUUCAGAGUCAAGAUUUGACCCGUCUGACCUGCACUCGCAACAUUUACCUCUGGAUGACCAUCUUUACUUCUCCAACGCUACUGCUCCUCCCUCCCCUCCCAUUGGACCCAUUCUCUCCUCUGGUAAACUCGAGCCCCUCGACCCGCUGGAUCCCCUCUCACCAGCGGGCUCACCCAACAACUUGGGCCCUCGCAGGGUGCUCUACUGCCAGCUGUGUCCGCGGGUCUUCUUUUAUCUCUCUGACCUUGAGCGCCACGCCAUCACUCACUCGCAGAAGAAGCCUCACGUCUGCCAGCAGUGUGGCAAAGCCUUCAAACGCUCCAGCCAUCUGCAGAGACACAAGCACAUCCACACAGGCCAGAGGAACUUUGUGUGCCCCAUCUGCGCCAAACGCUUCAGGGAGGCCGGUGAGCUCCAGCGCCACCAAAGGGUCCACACUGGAGAGAAACCCUACCAGUGCCAACUUUGCCACACGCGCUUUGCAGAGCGCAACACGCUACGCCGACACACCAAACGCAAACACCCUUACCACCAAGUAGCCAUGGAAAUGCUGAACGAGAGAAGACGAGGCGGCCGAGGAGACGAGGGCGACGGUGGCGGAUCCGGAGUGCAGGAGGAAGAAGAGAGUGCUGAAUGGUACAGCUCCACUGUGUCUAAUUUGGAUAACUCAGAGUCUGAGGUGGAAACUUAAAGAGUUGUCUGCUCACAGUCUCCAAAUUGAAGGGGAAAGGAGGAAGGAGAUUGACAGCGUAAUUAUAUGUAACUCUGGUUAAGACACUAAACUUUCCUCAUUAAUUAACAUUCAAAAAAGGGAGCACUUGCAAUAUUUAUUUAAAUGUUUUAAAGGUAAUUUAUUUAUAUGAAUAUAUAUUAUUCCCAUUCCAUUUAAUGUUCCAACAAUACAGCCUUCAAAGUCAUAAAUGAUUUUGAUAUUGUCUUUCCUGUAUGAGAAACAUUUUUAUGAAUGGUAUUGCUUAUAUGAAAGGGAAAGCUCAUGCUUGGAGUCAUGGCUUUUAUGUGAGUUCAAAAUAUGAAUCAGACUGCUAAUACGAGGUUCCCAUGCUACACAUGAUAAACACCCUCAAGUGCUCAGAAAAGAAAGAACAAGAAGGACAACUUAUUUACUCUAAUUAAAUCUGUGCUGUAGUUGUAUAUAUAAAGAGUACUAUUUGUAAAAGCUCCACUUCUGCACUAUCUUAUCUGAAAGAUGUAAUUAUCUUUCUUACUGUCAGAGACACUGUGAGUUAUUUGCACUUGUUUGUAUUUAACUAAAUAUUCACUUUUUUUACAUUGUGAAGGAACAUACUUACUUUUUCUUGUGUUGCAGCUUUUGAUUUCAUGUAAUUAAUUCAUAUCAUGUGAUACUUUGACCAAAUGUUUUGAGUUACUCUAACACUUAACACUAUAUUAUGAUAUCUUUGUUUUAAUGUAAAUUAUGUUAACUUAUUUGAAUUAAAUUCUGUCAACUGUAA